AUGUCUCUCCUCCGCCUCCCCCGCGCCGUCCCGGCCCUCCGCAGGUCGUACGCUACUGCCGCCAACGUCGCCGAGGCCGCUGGCGUCAAGGUCGUGGGCAUUGAAAACGGCUCGCGUCCCUCGACCACUUCGGUCACCGUCGCUAUCCGCGCCGGCUCGCGUUACGAGACCACCCCCGGUGUCGCCAACGUCCUCAAGAACUUUGCGUUCAAGUCGACUGCCGCUGGCUCGCCCCUCCGCACCGUCCGUGAGACUGAGCUCUACGGUGGUGUCCUCUCGACUGCCGUCUCGCGCGAGCACAUCUUCCUGACCGCCGAGUUCCUCCGUGGUGACGAGGCUCACUUCCUCCCCCUCCUUGCCUCGGUCCUCUCGUCGACCCAGUUCCUUGCCCACGAGUACUCGGAGCUGGUCCUCCCCACCGUCCAGGGUGAGGCUCUUGCCGCUGCCGCCGACCCCGUCGCUGCCGCCAUCGACACUGCCCACCAGGUCGCUUUCCGCCGUGGUCUCGGCAACUCUAUCUACGCUGAGCCUACCUCGCCCGUGACUCUUGACGCCGUUAAGCAGUACGCCAAGGCCGCGUUCGCAAAGUCGAACAUUGCUGUCAUUGGCCAGGGUAUCUCGACCGAGGCUCUUGCCGCCGCCGUCGAGUCGACCUUCGGUGGUGAGGGUGCCGGUGCUUCGUCGCUUGCUACCCCCGCCUCGCAGUACUUCGGUGGUGAGGCUCGCAUUGCCUUUGACUCGCACGCCAACCCUACCGCUCAGCCCACUCUGGUGAUCGCCUACGGUGCCGCUGGUGCCGCUACCCCCGAGCUCUCGGUCCUUCCCCACCUCCUCGGCGGCGAGUCGUCGCUCAAGUGGGCUCCCGGCACCUCGCCCCUUGCCCAGGCCGCUGCCAAGAUCCCCGGCGCUUCGGUCCGCUCGUUCCUUACUGGCUACACCGACGCUUCGCUCUUCGGCGUCGUCGUCUCGGCCCCCACCGCCGAGGCCGUCCGCUCGCUGGCUACUGAGGUCGCUGCCGCCAUCAAGGGCGCUGCCGCUGGUGUCAAGGACGACGAGCUCAAGCGCGCCGUCGCCAAGGCCAAGUUCGCCGAGGCUACCAAGCUUGAGACUGCCGACUCGCUCGUCGCCGCCGUCACCCCUGCCGUCUUUGGCAACGCCACCCUCGACGUCGCUUCGUUCGACGCCCUCUCGGCCGCCGCCGUCACCAAGGCCGCGUCGACCCUCUUCUCGGCUAAGCCAACAGUCGUUGCCGUUGGCAACACCCACGUCCUUCCCUACGCCGACGAACUUGGCCUUUAA